AUGAACGAACACACAACUUGGAAACCCUGUAUUGCUGCACCAGUUCUGAAAAAGAUUUCCUGCUUGUCAGAAGAUGCAAGGCGUGUUCUUGGUGCUGUCCAAAUGGAGCAAAGAAAGCAUUUGUCAUAUCAGAAAGAUGUCUCAAAUUACUACAGAAAUAUUUAUGAGAAGAAAUUUGAUGGGGCUGUCUCAAUAAAAGAUGCACCUUUAGAAAUAAAACCCGAAAUACUGUCCUGGGAUGAAGGAAGAGAGGGUCAACCAUGUGGAUUUUCUGAGUCUCUGUCUGAGAAACACAAUUUUCAUACAGAGAGUGCUCCUUCUGGGGUGAAGAAAGGGAUUUUGAAUAACGCCAAAGAAUAUAAACAACAGUUUCAUGGUUCUUGCAAUGGGCAUCAAUUGUUUCAGACCAAAAGAAGUGAAAAGCAUUGUAUUUCGUUAUAUCAGGGACCACACCAACCUGGGAUGUAUAGGUCUCUAAAUACUAGUCAGCACAUGGACUGCAGUACUACACUGUCUUCAGGAUGUGAAGGACAGAAAUUUGACAUAAUACCAAAGUCAUCAAGGCCAGGUGAUAUCUGCCAAAAUCAGCAGGAUGUUUAUUUCCACUCUAAUAAAGAAAACUCCUUGGAUCUGAAGGCAAAUAAAUUUGAGAUGAACCAUAAGGGUGCAGAUAAUGUAGAUGGAAGAUUUAAAAAUAAAAGCCAAGUCUCAGCUGAUGAUUGCACUCUUUCUCUCAACAUGCAACAUGAAAUAUGUGAAAAGCGAAUAGAAAGACAUAAACAUCCAGAAUUUAACGAGGGUAGUAAUGUUUCAAACCAGUUCUUUAACAAUGCUGUCUUGUCUACUGAUGAUCAUGGAUGUAAGAGGGAUGCUGAAGAGGUUUUGCUCUCCCAACUCCUCUUUUCUCAAGAUCCUGAUGAAAUUGUCAGUGAAGUGGACUUCUCAACAGAAAUCUCUGAAAAAGCUGGUCCUGAUAGAGAGUCUAUUCCAGCUGAUGUUGAAAUGACUCCAUGUGGAACAACUGCUAAUAGAAAAAGCACUUUUAGCUCAAAAAUUGCAAGGAGAUUGUAUGAGCAAAAGAAGUGGAGACAAGAAAAUGAAGAAGAUGGGAAAGAACAAAACAAAGGGGACAGAAAUCCAAAGAUAACCCUACCCCAGUAUUUUGUACCUUAUAAGAAAAAGAAAGAGGAAGGAAAAAUUCAGAGUAAAUUUAAAUCAUUGAAGACGCAAGCAGCUUAUAGCACUCACAAUGUUACAGACAUGAUAGAGAGUGAAAGAAGAAAAGUGUUUGAUAAGUUCCUACAGAGUAAAGAAACAGCAAUUACACUUCUUUAUACAGACGGAGCAACACAGCUAAGGGAAAGUAAAGCUGAUGCUAACAGUGCAAAAAAGAAAUGCAGUAAUAUGAAAAUGAAAGCCAUAUCUCAGGUUUCUGGAGUGUAUUUGAAAAGUAAAUUGGAGCAUGAUGUUCUUUAUAUACCAGCUCUACAAAUAAUGGAUGCAUCAGUCCAAGAGCAGAUUGAUUACUUUUUUAAACAACUAUUGAACAGUGGAGGUAGAAAAGUAUGUUUUGGUGCAAAAGAUUUUCUAAUUGUCAUGGUGAGAUGCCUGGAGAAAACUUAUGACGACAAUCCACAGAAAGAUGUUCUGGCAUCAACUGUUUGGGAUCCAGUUGUUGCUGAAUGGUUAUUAAAUCCAGAUAAAUCAUCAUCAACCUUUCAACAAAUGCUCAACAAUUAUGGAAUACAAAACAAGAAAAUGUCCAUUGAUAACCUUGGAGAUAAUGCCUUCUCUGAAGAUUUAGACUUAUUGUUGGAACUGAUGCAAAGGCAAUUCCAAACACUUUGCUCUAAAAGUCUGAUGCAGUUAUUUCUUAAUGUGGAGAUAAAAUUGACACCUAUCUUAGCAGUUAUGGACACCAGAAAAGUCAAAGUCCAUACAGACACCAUGCUUAAAUUCUCUGAAAUUUUACAGAGGAAAAUGGAAUCUUUAGAACACAAAGCACAUGAAAUUGUGGGACAUUCCUUUACCAUCAACAGUCCAGCUCAGAUUCGGCAGGUCCUUUUUGAAGAACUGAAGCUGCACACAAAAUUAUUGGGCAACACAAAGCUUGCCAAAACAGCAGUGGGACACCAGUUGUCAACCUCGGAAUCCGUACUAACACAGUUGAUAGAACUACACCCUCUCCCUGCUGUCAUAUUGGAGUACAGACAGCUUCAAAAAUUGAAAUCCACAUAUAUAGAUGGAAUGAUGAGUGCCGUUGUGGAUGGGUACCUUUCAACACAUUGGGACCAAACCUCAGCAGCAACUGGUCGUCUUUCAUCACACUCUCCCAACAUACAGGCCAUCCCUAAAACUUCCAGCUUAAUCUCUGUCAACAGUACAACCAAGCAAUGCGUUGAUGGCAAUGAAACUGGAGAGAAAAGUGUGGAGAUAUUUGCCAGAGACUCUUUUAUAAGUCAUGAUGGGUGGUCAUUUCUUUCUGCAGAUUUUCAGCAAAUAGAAUUGAGACUGCUGGCUCAUUUGGCCAAUGAUUCAACACUUUUAAGACUGUUCAAAGACAAUGAUUCCAAAGACAUAUUUGUAGAGCUUACAGCCCAGUGGCUAAGAAAGUCGCAAGCAGAUGUUACCUCAUCAGAAAGAGAACAGACAAAGAGAAUAGUUUACUCUGUCAUGUAUGGUGCAGGAAAAGAAAAGUUGGCAGAGUACUUGAAGAUCACACCUGCAGAGGCUAAAAAUAUUAUAGAUAGCUUCUUGGUUUCCUUUCCUGCUGUUAAUCAUUUCUCCAGGAAAUGUAUUGAAUUUUGUCGGCAAAAAGGCUACACAGAAUCUAUUUUCAAAAGGAGGAGAAUAAUCCCAAACAUUACCCACCCCUCCCCACCACUUAGAGCUCAAGCUGAGAGGAAGGCUGUCAAUUUCUGUGUUCAAGGUUCUGCUGCUGACUUAUGCAAAGCAGCAAUGCUUCAAGUGGAACAUACACUACUUCAACAUUCAGAUCUUCAAGUAAGACUUUUGGUUCAAAUUCAUGAUGAACUGCUGUUUGAAAUACCAGAUGAGCAUAUUUUAAGAGCUGGAGCUUUGAUAAAGUCUGUGAUGGAAGACAGUGAGAGACUAUGUGACAGCUUUGUACAGCUACGAGUUCCUAUUAAAGUGACAAUGUGUGUUGGGAAGACAUGGGGUCACAUGUCCCCCCUACCAAACACAAGCUCUUAGAGACAACUCUUCCACUUAUCGCUUAUCUUCAGAGUGAUUGAAUUCAAGUGAUAUGGUUCGUUUAAACUGAUAACAUUUUCAGAAUGGUUUCCAUAUAAGUACACAAUAUAUGUAUAAACAACAAAAUAUCUGAAAAUAUAAAAUAAAA